GCGCGGGCCACGCGGGCGCGCCGGGGGCGGGCGCGCCUCCCCGCCCGGAGCCGCAGGGCUGCGGCGGGCCCCCCACCUGCGGCGGAUGCCGCCCCUGCUGAGUCAAGGAGGAAAUCGUCACCAACAGAAGUUUCUCGCGGGCGGCCGGGCUCUGUUUCGCGCCAGUGGCGCGGCAGACACCUCGGGGAGGGGAGCGCGGGCGGAGCCGGCCCCGCCGGCCGGGAUCCCGGGCGGGCGCGAGCGACGGGUCCCAGGCUGAGCGCUGCGGGCCUCGCCCCGGCCCCGCCCCGCAUGCGAGGCCCCGGCGCCCGGCGCAGAGCCGUCGCUGGAAGACCCAGCGCUCCGGGGUGAAGGCGGAGGGCGAUGGGCUGUGGACGCGGGGGUCCGGGCCCACCCUCCGCGCGAAGUGGGCGCUUUUGGCUGCAGACGGGAAUCCGAGGCCCUUGCUGCGAUUUCCAACCCCGAGGAGCAAGCCUGGGCAGUGCAGAAUCCGUGGGGAGAGCCUGCUGGGCGGUGGGGUCAGCCCGGGAAGGGAGAGGCCGGCUGGCCCCUUCCUCCAGGCCCCCUCCCCCGCAUGGGGGGCUGGGGGCUCCCUCUGCCAAGGUCAGACUUGGUGAUGCGGCCUGUUUCUGUCUGGAGCCGCUAGAACCCGGAGUCGUUUUCCACGGUGAAGGAACCAGCUUCUUAGUGGCCGCUUUUCAAGAUCCGAACCAGAGCCCGCCACGGGAGCUCCACGCGUGCACCCUCGUUGCCGCCGCGCCCUCAGAGAUGCCCCAGCACUCGACAGGGGACAAGCCCUUCCUCUCGAUGGCGCACCUGGUCUUCCCCGGCCCCCCCUCGGCCGCCGACAGCGGGUGUGACCUCACGCCCCCCAGCAGGCGGGCGUCCCUUGGCUCACCCCUGAGCCAGCCGCUGUGCCAGCCGCGGCCUGACAAGUGCGGGCCUCGGGCGGCCCAGGAGGUGCGCUACGUGGCGGCAGGGCUGCCGGGCACGGCGUGCGGCUGGCGGGCCUUCGCACCCAAGUGCCUGCAGGCCUUCAACACGCCGCGGGGCUUCCUGCUCUUCCUGUGCGCGGCCUCCUUCCUGCAGGGCAUGACGGUCAACGGCUUCAUCAACACGGUCAUCACGUCCCUUGAGCGGCGCUUCGACCUGCCCAGCUACCAGAGCGGCCUCAUCGCCAGCGCCUACGACGUGGCCGCCUGCCUCUGCCUCACCUUUGUCAGCUACUUCGGGGGCCACGGCCACAAACCGCGCUGGCUGGGCUGGGGCGUGCUGGUCAUGGGCGCCGGCUCGCUGGUGUUCGCGCUGCCCCACUUCACCGCCGGCCCCUACCAGGUGCAGGUGGACGGGACCAUCGGGACCUGCGGGGCCAACAGCAGCGCGACCUGCGGGGGCCGCGCCUCCAGCCUCUCCAGCUACCGGCUGGUCUUCAUGCUGGGCCAGUUCCUGCACGGCGUGGGUGCCACACCGCUCUACACGCUGGGCGUCACCUACCUGGACGAGAACGUCAAGUCCAGCUACUCGCCUGUCUACAUCGGCAUCUUCUACACCGCGGCCAUCCUCGGCCCUGCAGCUGGCUACCUUCUCGGAGGCGCCCUGCUGAACAUUUACACCGAAAUAGGCCAACGGACGGAGCUGACCACCGAUAGCCCGCUGUGGGUCGGUGCCUGGUGGGUGGGCUUCCUGGGCGCCGGAGCUGCCGCCUUCCUCAUCGCCGUCCCCAUCCUCGGCUACCCGCGGCAGCUGCCAGGCUCCCAGCGCUACGUGGUCAUGAAAGCCUCUGAAACACACCAGUUAAAGGACAGUGGCUACAAGGGGACCAGCAACCCUGACUUCGGGAAAACCAUCAGAGACCUGCCUCUCUCCAUCUGGCUUCUCCUGAAGAACCCCACGUUCAUCCUGCUCUGCCUGGCCGGGGCCACCGAGGCCACGCUCAUCGCCGGCAUGUCCACAUUCGGCCCCAAGUUCCUCGAGUCCCAGUUCAGCCUCAGCGCCUCGCAAGCCGCCACCUUGUUUGGGUACCUGGUGGUGCCGGCGGGCGGCGGGGCCACGUUCCUGGGCGGCUUCUUUGUGAACAAGUUCAAGCUCCGAGGCUCGGGCAUCAUCAAGUUCUGUCUGCUCUGCACGCUGGUCAGCACGCUGGCCUUCCUCGUCUUCUUCCUGCACUGCCCCAACGUGCCCAUGGCGGGCGUGACCGCCAGCUACCACGGGAGCCUCCUGCCCGAAGGCCGCCUGGAGCUGACGGCCGCCUGCAACGCCGCCUGCGGCUGCCGGCUGGAGCACUACAGCCCCGUGUGCGGCUCUGACGGCCUCAUAUACUACUCGUCGUGCCACGCGGGAUGCAUGGGAACGGCUGCGCCCGGCCCGGGCCGCCAGAAGGUGUACCGAGACUGUAGCUGUGUCCCUCAGAAUUUUUCCUCUGGUUUUGGCCAUGCUACCGCAGGGAAAUGCACUUCAACUUGUCAAAGAAAGCCCCUCCUUCUGGUUUUCAUAUUCGUUGUAAUUCUCUUUACAUUCCUCAGCAGCGUCCCUGCGCUCACAGCCACGUUACGGUGCGUCUGUGACCAGCAGAGAUCCUUUGCACUGGGAAUCCAGUGGAUCGUGGUUAGAACUCUAGGGGGCAUCCCGGGACCCAUCGCCUUCGGCUGGGUGAUCGACAAGGCUUGCCUGCUCUGGCAGGACCAGUGCGGCCAGCGGGGCUCCUGCUUUGUGUACCAGAACUCGGCCAUGAGCCAGUACCUGCUCAUCGCGGGGCUGGCGUACAAGGUCCUGGGCUUUGUCUUCUUCGCCACCGCCUGCUUCCUGUACAAGCCCCCAUCGGGGUCUUCUGAUGGGUUCGAGGCUUCUCUGCCCAGCCAGUCCUCGGGCUCCGACAACCCCACGGACCUUCAGGAAGCCCCCUCCGCCCUCCAGAUCCAAAGUGACAUCUGACGCCCCGCCCCCACCCCCACCUAGGGGCACGGGCCUGCCACGCGGCGCUUCCCGGGAACACUAUCUGAUUUCUCCCCGGAAGGGGGCACCCCUCCCUGACGGACCCCCAGCACGGAGGACCCUGCAAAAAUCAGCCACUGGAUCUGCGGGGACGGAGCUGGUGGCCUCGUGUCUGAGCCUCAAAGGCACGGAGGAGAAAGAAUGCAAGACGCAUCCGAAUGGACGCCCCUGCCCCAGUCCCCCAACCUCGCCAGAGGGAGUGGGGUGACCGGCUCUCGGAAGGAGUGGCCCGUUUCCCUGCUGGAUGCAUCCCCCCUGGCUCUUUCCCACGGACUUAGCCUAAAGUAGCAUCCCUGGGGCCUCAGGGUCCCUCGAAAACAAGAACAGCGGUGCUUCUAAAGCAACCCGUGCAAGUCCUACGUACCUCCGUCAGCAGUUACGAAAAGCGCAAAACCACCUGUGGGCUUCGGGGAGACGCUUCCCGUCUCCCCUCGUCUCCCGUUCGAGUGGUGGGUGCUUGGCGUGGGUGGCCGCCUGGCGGUUUGCAGGUUCUCUUGUCUCCGGACGCUUCAGGCUCCCGUCCUGGUCUCUGACGCCCGGGGCUCCUCGCAGCGCUCACGGGUGCUGCUGGCGCUGCGGGGGCCGCUCCGUGGAAGGCAGCGGGUGCCCAGCCCGUGCGUGGGCUGGCACGGGCGGUGCUUCUGGGCGGGUCCGCGGCGUCAUGCCGGCGGCCUGGCCGUGACCUCCCGUGUUUCUCCUGAUGCGGAGGAGGUCAGGGGGCCGCCGUCCACAGGGCACAUCCACGCGGACCCUCUCCUUCGUAUGUUGUUCCUCUCCCGUCCUCGAGGCUGCACAGCCCCGCAGCGGCACGGGAGCAACCUGCAUCAGGAUAUAUUUAUGGACCCGUAUUUUGCAUAAACACUUAUUUAUGGAAUUUGUUUUUUACCAGAUGGUGCGCUGAGCACGUGUGAAUGCUACCCGGAGGGCAUCGGGACUUGUGUGAAAUGUUUAGUACCCAUGUCCUCCGUUAAAACUGUGUGUGUGUAAAUGUAUUUUAAUAUUUAAAGUAUACCUUCCUGCCCAGUGUGUUUUAUUUCUAUAAAUCUGCAAAGUUCAGCCGU